CGGCGGCGGCGGCGGCGGCGCAGGCCCCGGGAUGGCGAUGUUCCGCAGUCUGGUGGCCUCGGCGCAACAGCGGCAGCCGCCGGCCGGGCCCGCGGGCGGCGACAGCGGCCUGGAGGCGCAGUACAGCUGCCCCAUCUGCCUGGAGGUCUACCACCGGCCCGUGGCCAUCGGCAGUUGCGGCCACACGUUCUGCGGGGAGUGCCUCCAACCCUGCCUGCAGGUGCCAUCCCCCCUGUGCCCGCUCUGCCGCCUGCCCUUCGACCCCAAGAAGGUAGACAAGGCCACCCACGUGGAGAAGCAACUCUCAUCCUACAAGGCGCCCUGCCGGGGCUGCAACAAGAAGGUGACACUGGCCAAGAUGAGAGUGCACGCCUCUUCCUGUCUGAAGGUCCAGGAGCAGAUGGCCCACUGUCCCAAGUUCAUCCCCGUGGUGCCCACGUCCCAGCCCAUCCCCAGGACUACAGCAUCGAUGAGGAAGCUGCCUUCCAGGCCGCCCUGGCCCUGUCUCUCUCUGAGAACUGAAGGAGGCCACCCAGCUGCCAGCCUGAGCCUCGGAGGAUGCACCGUGCACCAGCCGUGUACCAGGCAAGCCUCACCGCACCAGGUGGAGUCUCCACUCGUGCACAAGGAGAGCCACUGCUGGCUGUCCCUCUGCCGUCAGGGCAGGGCCACCUGUGGUCCUGGGUCAUUUGGUGCUUCAGGCUGAUCAGGGGGCUAAGCAGGCGGCCUCACGGGGCAGGUGCUGGCCCAUGGGGACUUAGAGCCGUCAGCCAUCUCCUCAAAGCCAUGAUGUCCUCCUCAUGUGGAGAAGGGACAGUCGGUACCCCACGCUGCGCCCCGCAGGCCCUGUUGUCGCAAUGAGAGCUGGGGAGAGGAGCCCAGGCCGCCACCCAGCGCCGCCCCCACCCACACCUGGCAGCGCUUCCACCUUGCGCAUUUGGUACUGGCUUUUGUGAUACUUAGGAAUCCUGGCAUUUUCUAUAUUAUCCAGUGUGACGAUCUUUUCACGUUUUUUAGAGCAAAGACAAUGCAGCUACUCUUCAUACUGCAGUAUCUGUGUUUGACUAGGAACAAUAGUAUUUUUAUGAAACAUUUACAGAAUUAUAUUUUUUAAAAAAACAAUCAAAAACAAGCAGUGUGGGACCAAUGCAAGGAGGGAGGGAGAUGGGUGGUGGCCACAACAGUCAAGCCAAGGUCCCCACCGCUGUCAGCUCUCGUGGUUUGUUGGUUUCUCUUUGAUGCUAUCCAGGAAGAAAUCCCAGCAGCCCGGCCACGUGCUGUGACUGCUUCUGCAGAUGCAGGGUGGCCCUCCUCCCACCAGGGUACUGGCCUUGGCCCACUGUCACCUCCCAGAGCUGACCAUGUCCUGCCUUGGGCAGGAGCGCCCCCCAGUGGUAGCAGAGCUGGGGCCUGGGCAGGGGCCUACUUGGCGGUGGGUUGGGCCAGAAAGCACCUGUCAAAACUCUUCUGUUCAUGGCAUAAAUUAUUGCUGUCUUUUAAAAGAGUUUAAAUAAAACGUUUCAGAGCAUC